AUUGAACACGACAUUAAAUAAUGCAAACCCCAGAAUAAAUCAAAGUGGAAUCAAAAACCUGGAAAACCAUCUAUCCCCCUUACAUUGAUUCAACAUUAACUACUGCAUAAGGUAGACCCAUCAUAUCUACAUACUAGGCAGAAGAUUAGGAAAAUCGAAUUGCGUUCCUCAUCCCUAAUUGAUGGAGAUAUCUUAAUGUCUAAGUUCACUUGGACUGAGACAUGUGAUUGAUGUACUCAAUUCAUCUAAUUAAGUAACAUGCAGGAUUCCCAAGGGAUAUCUUCAAAUAAGGUAGGAUUAAGGUUCGUCUCUAUGCUGAAGACAAAAAGCCAUAUAACCCAUAAGUCAAAUGCAGUAUUAUUUUACUAAAUAUCAGAACAUACUCUAUUAUAAACCAUUGCAAAACUGAUUAAAUCAAUACCUAACAGAAAAGUCGAAGUUCCUCCAUACCUUGCAUAAAUGGAAAUUGAAAAGCAGAAUAAGCCCCCUUAAAAAAAGCAAACAUCAACUAAGAAAAAGCAUAAAAAUCAAUGAGAUUGUGUUCAAG